AUGCUACACAGACUGCAGCAGCAGCAGCAGCAGCAGCGACAGCAGCCGGGGUUGUCAAGGGCAGACAGGCUGCACCAGCAGCGCAUGCAGGAAAGAAUCUUGCUGCUGCAUUUUUUGCAGCAAGUGCUUCAGCAGCAAAGCCAUGUCGUAGCUGCUAAGCCCGAGAUUGCAGUGCAGCUGCUCCACGCACAGCGUUCGUUGCUGCUACAGGUUCACCAUGAUUCAUUCCAGCAGCAGCAACAACAACAGGAGGAAGAGCAGCAGAAACAGCAGCACGAGCUUGUCACAGCAGGCGACUUUGUGGCAAAGGCGCAGCGGUUAGCAGAACUGGUGACUCCGGAAGAGAAGCAGCACAUCAUAGCCUCCCACGCCGCUUCUUGCAGCCGCAGCAGUGGUGGACUGCAGCGCGAGGUGUACAGACACCCCAGCCACUGUGCGGGUGUGGGGUUUCACUGCGACAGUGACGUUCCGGGCAGGUGCAGCGCCGUGCUGCCCUUGGUGCCUUAUUCCACGUAUGAGUCCUUACGUUCUGCAAUGCCUGCUGCAGCGGCAGCGGCUGCAGCUCCUGCAGCUCAAGAACCUGCAGCAGCAGCUGCUGCUGUUGCAGCAGCAAAAGCAGCAGGCGAAGUCUUCGAGCGGCAGCAGCAGCUGCAGGGUCCCCCUGAGGCAGCAGAGCUCACCAGUGGUCAAGCAGCGAUGCUCAUUGAUGCUUUGCUGCAGAUCAUCGCUCUCUCCGUGCUAUGCGGGGAGCUGAGAAAACACUUUAAAGCCCCCAGUGACUUUCUCGAACACCUUACCAAGAGGUUUGUAGGAGACUUGUGCUCUUCUCUGCUGGCUUCCGCCUCGGUGUCUCUUUUCCUGAGGUCCCUGCUGCAUGCGGUUACGUUCAAGAAGACGGAGCGCGGCAACAAAGCCUUCAUCAAAAUCCGGAGGAAUGAGCAGCAGCCGCUUCCCUGGUUGCUCCAUGCAGCACCAGCGAGCACGUCUGACAUGUCAGGCACUGCAGCAGCAGCAGCAACAACAGGCAAACAGUCCUUGGCGCUGCAGAUUGCCUCCUACAUUUGUGCUCACGUGUAUGAGUAA